GACAAAUUAAAAAAUACAUAUAGUGAAAAAGAGAGUAAGUUUGACUUACACUAGUGAAAUAUUUUCAACAUUUCUGUAUUAAUACUGACAAAGCAACAAAAGAAGAAUAAGGAAUGAUAUAGAAACUCACUGCUUCGAAUAAUGACAUCAACUGGAAAAAAAUGUCAACUGCUAUUAAAGGGGUUAAAUAAGCCACCUGGACUCAAAGGGAAAAACAAGAGAUACUUGGGUAUUCUGGUAGCUUCACUGAAGAAGGACUUGGGAAUCAAAAAUCACUGUGACCAGCUAACUAAAUAAAUCACUGUGACCAACUAACUAAAUAUCCACAGUGAUGAAGAUGACAAUAAUAAUCAUUGUUACUGUUCAUCAUUAAUAACAAUAAUAGUUAUCACUUACUUGGCAUUUUCUCUGCACCAGAUACCAUGUUAGCUACUUCACAUGAACUAUCAUUUAAUCCUCAUGACAAACCAGAGAGAGAAGUAUUACAUUUUCCCCAUUUUACAGAGGAAGAAUACCAAGAUUCAGAAAGGUAAAUCACUUUAUCAGGGUGACACAGAAAAAAAACCCAAAACCGAAAGUAACAAUUAGAAUCAAGCUCUGUACGAUUCCAAAGCCAACAUGCUUAAGGCUGGAGUGGUCUGAAGGACAGAAUACACUUAGGGUAACAGCCCACUUAAACCUAGCGCAACACAUCCCAGAAACUAAGUAAAAGUGCCUCCGAGCACGAAACAGCAGUCACAAGCCAGUUAGCCUAUUCUGCAAGACAGAAGACAAAAGUAUGUGUGUGUCAGUGACUUGGUUUUGGACAUGGAAACUAGGGCAAACACUACUAUUGGCUCACCAAAAUCCAUUUUUUUCCAAAGUAAAACAGUAUAGCUUGACCCAUGGCAAGACCACAUUUUCCAGCUUCCUUUACCUCUUAUGUGUCGUUAAGUUCUUACGAACAGAACGUAAGUGGAAAUGCUAUAUGCCAUUUCCAGGUUGGUGCUUUUAGAACAAGUUGUGCCUUCUCUGUGCUCUUCUCAUUCCACCAAGUGGGUCCAGAGAAUAACAAGGCUCUAAAAGAUGGCAGAGCCGGAAGAUGGAAGGAACCUAGAAUCACUGAAUGAAAAAGACCCACCCACACACCUGGACACAAAAUCGUGAAAAAUGGAAGACAGUAGCACAGACACAGAAAAAGAAGAGGAAGAGGAGAAAGAUGAAAAGGAUCAAGAGCCCAUUUAUGCCAUAGUGCCCACAAUUAACAUUCAAGAUGAGCGGUUUGUUGAUUUAUCUGAAACUCCAGCUUUCAUUUUUCUGCAUGAGUUAUAUGCUAUGGGAAAACUUCCUGGAACCAGAAUGGCAGAGUUAAAAGCCAAGUAUACCUUGCUGCAUGACGCCGUGAUGAGCACACAAGAGUCAGAGGUCCAACUGCUACAGAAUGCCAAACGUUUCACUGAGCAAGUACAACAGCAGCAGUUUCACCUGCAGCAAGCUGAUAAUUUUCCAGAAGCAUUCUCCACGGAGGUCUCCAAAAUGAGAGAACAACUUCUCAAGUAUCAAAAUGAAUAUAAUGCAGUGAAGGAAAGAGAGUUCCAUAAUCAGUACAGAUUAAAUAGCUUAAAGGAAGAAAAAAUCAUCAUAGUGAAAGAAUUUGAGAAGAUACCAAAGCCAGGAGAAAUGGAGAAGAAGAUGAAAAUAUUGAGAGAAAGCACUGAAGAAUUACGUAAAGAAGUAAUGCAGAAGAAAUUAGAAAUUAAAAAUUUACGAGAAGAUUUGGCAUCUAAACAAAAGCAGUUACUAAAGGAGCAGAAGGAACUAGAAGAAUUGUUGGAACAUCAGGUCGUCUUAAAGGAUGAAGUGGCCCACCAUCAAACCAUUCCAGUACAAAUUGGAAAAGAGAUAGAAAAAAUAACACGCAAAAAAGUAGAAAUGGAAAAGAAAAAAAUUCUCUUGGAACAAGAAGUCAAAAACCUAAAUGACUCCCUAAAGAAAGUUGAAAACAAGGUUAGUGCUAUAGUAGAAGAGAAGGAAAAUGUAAUAAAGGAAGUUGAAGGCAAACGAGCCUUACUUGAAAUCAAAGAACGAGAACAUAACCAAUUGGUCAAGCUAUUGGAAUUAGCCAGAGAGAAUGAAGCAACUUCAUUAACUGAAAGAGGUAUAUUGGAUCUGAAUUUACGCAACAGUCUCAUUGACAAGCAGAACUACCAUGAUGAACUUUCUCGUAAGCAAAGAGAGAAAGAACGGGAUUUUCGCAAUUUAAGAAAGAUGGAACUGCUCUUGAAAGUGUCCUGGGAUGCGCUUACGCAAACUCAAGCAAUGCAUCAAAGGCUUCUAUUAGAGAUUGAAGCUAUCCCUAAAGAUGAUUCUACAUUAUCUGAGAGAAGGCGAGAGCUUCACAAGGAAGUUGAAGUAGCUAAGAGGAAUUUGGCCCAACAGAAAAUUAUAUCUGAAAUGGAGUCUAAGUUAGUAGAACAACAACUUGCAGAAGAAAACAAGCUUUUAAAGGAGCAAGAAAACAUGAAAGAGCUGGUAUUCAACCUUGUCCGCAUGACUCAAAUCAAAAUUGAUGAAAAGGAGCAAAAGUCCAAGGAUUUCCUGAAAGCUCAGCAAAAAUAUACCAACAUUGUUAAAGAAAUCAAAGCAAAGGAUCUUGAAAUCAGGAUACACAAGAAGAAAAAAUGUGAAAUUUAUCGGAGACUCAAAGAGUUCGCUAAACUGUAUGACACCAUUCGAAAUGAAAGAAACAAAUUUGUUAACUUACUCCACAAAGCUCAUCAGAAAGUAAAUGAAAUAAAAGAAAGGCAUAAAAUGUCAUUAAAUGAACUUGAAAUUCUGAGAAAUAGUGCUGUUAGUCAAGAAAGAAAGCUACAAAAUUCCAUGCUGAAACAUGCCAACAAUGUUACCAUCAGAGAGAGCAUGCAAAACGAUGUGCGCAAAAUUGCAUCAAAACUUCAGGAAAUGAAAGAAAAGAAGGAAGCCCAGUUAAAUAACAUUGACAGACUUGCCAAUAUGAUCACAAUGAUCGAAGAGGAGAUGGUGCAGCUUCGCAAAAGAUAUGAAAAAGCUGUUCAGCAUCGAAAUGAAAGUGGCGUUCAGCUGAUAGAGCGGGAAGAAGAAGUAUGCAUUUUUUAUGAAAAAAUAAAUAUCCAAGAGAAGAUGAAACUAAACGGAGAAAUUGAAAUACAUCUACUGGAAGAAAAGAUCCGAUUCCUGAAACUGAAGAUUGCUGAGAAGCAAAGACAAAUUUGUGUUACCCAGAAAUUACUGCCAGCCAAGAGGUCCCUGGAUGCCGACCUAGCUGUGCUCCAAAUUCAGUUUUCACAGUGUACAGACAGAAUUAAAGACCUGGAGAAACAGUUCAUAAAGCCUGACGGUGAGAACAGAGCUCGCUUCCUUCCAGGGAAAGAUCUGACCGAAAAGGAAAUGAUCAAAAAAUUAGACAAGCUGGAACUACAACUGGCCAAGAAGGAGGAGAAGCUGCUGGAGAAGGAUUUCAUCUAUGAACAGGUCUCCCGGCUCACAGACAGGCUCUGCAGCAAAACUCAGGACUGCAAGCAGGACACGCUGCUCUUAGCCAAGAAGAUGAAUGGCUAUCAAAGAAGGAUAAAAAAUGCAACUGAGAAAAUGAUGGCUGUUGUUGCUGAGCUGUCCAUGAAACAAGCCCUAACCAUUGAACUCCAAAAGGAAGUCAGGGAGAAAGAAGACUUCAUCUUCACUUGCAAUUCCAGGAUAGAAAAAGGUCUGCCACUCAAUAAGGAAAUUGAGAAAGAAUGGUUGAAGGUCCUUCGAGAUGAAGAAAUGCAUGCCUUGGCCCUCGCUGAAAAGUCUCAGGAGUUCUUGGAAGCAGAUAAUCGCCAGAUGCCCAAUGGUGUUUACACGACUGCAGAGCAGCGUCCAAAUGCCUACAUCCCAGAAGCAGAGGCCACUCUUCCUUUGCCAAAACCUUAUGGUGCUUUGGCUCCUUUUAAACCCAGUGAACCUGGAGCCAAUAUGAGGCACAUAAGGAAACCUAUUAUAAAGCCAAUUGAAAUCUGAGUAGGUGAACAAAUCCAGGCCUCUCAAGGAGAGGACUUCAACCAGGCUUCCUUGUACCCACAGGUGAAAAAUGUGAGCAUAAUACUUCCAAUUUUAUUGAUAAGUAAGGUAACCACAAUGAGUCAACAACAGAGUACAACAUGGUUUCUUUUUACCUACCAACUACUAUACCUUUCAUGACAUUGAAUAGGACACAGAACUGUCCUACAUUUAUAUGUCAAAGUAUAUAUUUGAAUUGCUUAUAUUUUCUUUUUCACUCUUUAUGUUGAGUACAUUCCAGAAAUUUGUAGUUGGCAAGGUGCUAUAAAAAUGCACUAAAAAUAAAUCUGUUUUCAAUGAAGUAC